AUGACACUGCCCAGUUCACAGUGCCCAAAAACCCUGAUGAAGAGAGCGCUGCCGAGACAUUUCUCUGCAACCCUUCUCCAAUCUCAACGCAAGUUACUUCCUUUCAGUCCACACAACAAUGGUGGAUUACUACAAAAACUCCCCAAAAUUUGUCCCAUACCAAGUUUCACCUCAAAUCCCAGACGGGUCUUCACCAACUCUCUUCCUCCUCCAGAAUGGAUAGAGCCAUUCAAUGAUGUUUCUGACUUACUCUCAAGUCCUGGAAACUUAAACCCAUCUCCUUGGGUAAGCCAAAUCCUCAAUCUUUUAGAUGGUUCUAUGGAUAUGGAAGCAAAUUUGGAUUCUUUUUGUCAGAAGUUCUUGAUUAAGUUGUCACCAAACUUCGUGUCAUUUGUUUUAAGAAUUAAUGAUCUUAGGAAAAAACCUGAUGUUGCUUUUAGGUUCUUUGCUUGGGCUAGUAAGCAGAAGAAGUAUGCUCAUAGGCUUGAAACUUACGUUUCUUUGAUUGAUUGUUUAUCUUUAUCCAGCGACUUGGACAGAGUUAGAUUAGUGUUUAAUGACUUGAGGCAAAAGGGAUUUUUAAUGACUGUUUCGGGUGCAAAUUCUUUGAUUAAGAGCUUUGGGGGGCUGGGGAUGGUUGAGGAACUAUUGUGGGUGUGGAGAAGAAUGAAAGAGAAUGGUAUUGAGCCAAGUUUGUAUACGUAUAAUUUUUUGGUGAAUGGGUUAGUGAAUUCGAUGUUUAUUGAAUCUGCUGAGCGGGUUUUUGAGGUUAUGGAGAAUGGGAAAAUUAGACCUGAUAUUGUGACUUGUAAUACAAUGAUUAAAGGGUAUUGUAAGGUGGGAAAAACUCGGAAAGCAAUGGAGAUGUUUAGGGACAUGGAGGUAAGAAAUGUGGAGCCAGAUAAGAUUACUUAUAUGACUUUAAUGCAAUUGUGUUAUUCGGAGGGAGAUUUUGAUUCUUGUUUGUGUUUAUAUCAUGAAAUGGAAGAAAAGGCAAUUGAAAUUCCCCCUCACGCAUAUAGUUUAGUGAUUGGAGGGCUUUGUAAAGAAGGGAAAUGUAUGGAAGGAUAUACUGUUUUGGAGAGUAUGAUUAAAAAGGGUUGUGAGCCAAAUGUGGCAAUUUAUACAGCUUUGAUAGAUUCAUAUGCGAAACAUAGUAGUAUGAAUGAGGCAAUAAAUCUCUUUGAGAGGAUGAAAAACAAGGGGCUUGAGCCAGAUCAGGUUACCUAUGGAGUUAUUGUUAGUGGUUUGUGUAAGAGUGGGCGAUUGGAGGAGGCCAUGGAGUAUUUUGAGUUCUGUAGAGUUAAUGGUAUAGCGGUUAAUGCCAUGUUUUAUUCUAAUCUCAUUGAUGGUCUGGGGAAGGCCGGGAGAGUGGAUAAAGCUGAGGAAUUCUUCGAAGAGAUGGUUGAGAAGGGAUGCACACGGGAUUCAUAUUGCUACAAUGCUCUUAUUGAUGCCCUUGCCAAGUGUGGAAAGAUUGAUGAGGCUUUAGCAGUUUUCAAGAGAAUGGAAGAUGAAGGAUGUGAUCAGACAGUUUAUACAUAUACAAUAAUCAUCAGUGGGUUGUUCAGGGAGCAUAGAAAUGAGGAGGCAAUAAAGCUGUGGGAUAUUAUGAUCGAUAAGGGUAUCACACCAACUGCAGCUUCUUUUAGGGCUCUCUCUAUCGGGCUUUGUCUGUCAGGCAAGGUAUCCAGGGCUUGUAGGAUUUUGGAUGAUCUGGCUCCAAUGGGUGUCAUUCCUGAAACAGCUUUUGAAGAUAUGAUCAAUGCUUUGUGCAAAGCAGGUCGUAUCAAGGAGGCUUGUAAGUUGGCUGAUGGGAUUGUUGACCGGGGUAGAGAAAUACCAGGAAGAAUUCGUACACUUCUAAUAAAUGCUUUAAGAAAAUCAGGCAAUGCAGAUUUGGCAAUGAAGUUGAUGCAUAGUAAGAUUGGUAUUGGAUAUGAUAGGAUGGGAAGCAUUAAAAAACGAGUGAAAUUCCGCGUUCUUGUUGAAAGUUGAUUGUUAAGCUAGAUUUAGGGCUGCGUAACUGUGGGCAAUAGCCACAAGCUAUAUAUUAAAGAUGGUUGCACAUAAUGUAAACUUUCAGAGAUUAUGUGACUCUCCAGUUCACCUUAGUACUUGGAGAAGCUUUGAUAUGAUUGGCCUGAAAUCUUAGUAAGCU